CUCCUCCUCUCAGCGUUGGUCGCCAUCCAUCCCCUCUCCUCCUCCUGUACCAUAACAGAUGGUGGGAACAACAUUGCAUCCACCGGGUACCACAACAAUAGAGCUCAGCAUCCCGUGCAGACGCCGCCGGCCUUGCAGCAUCAUGCUCCCGGUGCUGGAGCGCGCGAGGCAGUGAGUGCCGUGGUGAUUGAUCUCACACGGUACCGACACCACCGCCGCCGCCGCCGCCGCCGCCACGGCCACGGAGGAGGAAGCUUCCUGCGUCUGUUCGGGGCUCUCCAUCGAGAGGGGAAGAUGGCCGCGAUGAAAAUAUUAACGGGCACCGGGCUCUUCUUGGCGUUCUGCGCGCUGGGGCUGCUCGCCAUGGCGAUCUGCACCGACUACUGGUACGAGACCGACGCCAGGCGGCACCGGGAGAGGUGCAAGACGUACGGCAACAAGCGGAACAUCUACAUUUCCAACCACAACCUGCCCCUCCAGAUGCCUCCGAAGAGCCUGGAGACGAGGAGAGGCAGCGGCCCGGAGGCUGCUCCCCUCAUCCGGGGGAAGCGGCACUUUCUGACCGCCGCGUCCGCCAUGGAGUCCCACUGCAGCCGCCAGUUCAACUCCACCGUGUCGGGGCUGUGGAGGAAGUGUCACCGGGAGGGGUUCGACCUGGAGACCGACGACCUCAUUGAUAAAGGUGUGAUCGACAGAUGCACCCCAGUCAAGUAUCACUACUCUUCGUCCAUCCUGCCGCGGAAUUUACCCGUCAACAUCACAAAGACUAUACGCCAGGACGAGUGGCACGCACUCCAUUUAAGAAGAAUGACGGCUGGCUUUGUGGGCAUGGCCGUGUCCAUCAUUCUUUUUGGCUGGAUCAUUGGAGUGCUGGGAUGCUGCCAGCAGCAUGACCUCAUGCAAUAUGUAGCUGGGCUACUCUUUCUCAUGGGAGGAACGUGCUGCAUCAUCUCCUUGUGCACAUGUGUGGCAGGAAUCAACUUCGAGUUGUCCCGCUACCCCCGCUACAUGUACGGCCUCCCCGAAGACAUUAGCCAUGGCUAUGGCUGGUCCAUGUUCUGUGCCUGGGGGGGCCUGGGCCUCACGUUGCUGGCCGGCUUCCUCUGCACCCUGGCCCCCUCCCUGAGCACGCCCACCCGCACGACGCCCCACAAGCCCAGGCAGGAGAACGGCACCGUGUGACAGAGGCGCGGCGACGCGGCCGACCCACCGAACGCACAAAGCCACACACCCUUCCAACCUUGAUGUUUGACUCUGGAACAGUUUUUUGUCUGAUCACCCGUCUCACGACACCUUCGACAUCCUCCAUCCUCCCCUUCCAGUGUUCAGUGUGCCUGAGUUGUGGCAGAGGGGGCCAAAAAAAAAGAAAAAAAAAGCAAACGCCUCCUGAUCUUGUACGUCUGUGAGGGACCUCCAGGACCACCGAGUUCACCACCUGCAGUACCGUCUGACUGGGCCGCGGCUCUCAUAGCACAAAUAAGACAUUCCUUUUUAUUCGGUUCUGAUUUUGGACAUCAUCUAAAGGUGACUGUUUUCUCUGCAGAGAAUUUGUCUUCAAAUGGUGCUCUCUUUACACACACACACACUUACACAUAUAUAUAUAUAUAUACACACACACACACGCGCGCGCACACACACACACUCAUCUUUCCACACAUGCCCAGUUACUCCGGAUGAAUCAUGGGCAAAAUCAUCCAAAAGGAACAAACACACAAACAUCAGGCCAGAGCAUCCUGUCAGCAUUCCUCUUUCAGUCAAGUGAUGUGUGCUGUGUUAUUGUUUGUAAUGAAAAAAAGAAAAAAAAAAACAAAAGAA